GUCAAAGUUGUCAUGGCCUCGACAUGUCACAAUUUCCUUUCGUCUUUCUUUUGUGAUUAACUGUGAUUUUAGUGCACGCUCUUUUACUGUAAAGUAAAUUAGAAGCUAUAUGAAAAUUGGAUAAAUUAGAUUUUUUAUAAGAACUACAUGUUAAAAUUGUGUGUUUGAAUAGGCGUGUUACUACAGUUCAGUGUAGUUUGAAAAUAUAAAUUGAGGUGAUUAUGAGUACCGUUUUCGAGUAUCUGAAUCAAUAAUUUUUGUGUGAAGUUAAUACGUUUUGUGGUUAUUGUUGUUGAGUAAAAAAUGUCGGAGGUUCUAUCAGGUCGUGUCUCUAAACAUAGGAGGGACCGUCGCGUUAAGAAUAGUACAGUACUGAGAAUGAUGGCAAUCAUGCAGGAAGGAAAUAGUGAGGUACCGAAGGAAUUUCUGGAGACGGGACGGACGGGACGAAGGAACGCGAUGCCGGAUAUACUUCACCCACAGAACGCUGAAGCUACAACUGCAGACUUGCCCUCCAGGCUGCAGCAGCUUACUGCCGCCGACGCAGAUACCCAAUCAAGUUCAUCAGCUGCGCCGUCUGCGGAUCCAAAAACACCCACUAAAAAGGACGACACGCCCAGUUGAACUGCUUACCAUACUCUCAGUCCCCUAGGACUACACAGGACUUGCCCAAAGCUAAAGUAAUCUCAAUCAGGUAAAUAGUAUUACUAAGCACUGAGUAACGUAGCCCCACCUUAUAGGGAUGGUAUGGUGUACAAAUGUAGCUCUUAUAUCUAUAUCGACAAGAUAGGAAAUUGCAUAAUUUUAAGUAUAUAAGAUUUGUGUACACGGGCGCUUUGUCGAAUUUAUUUUUAUGAAAUUAUUAGUUUUUCAUUAAGUAUCUGAAUUGGCGUAAAACGUCGUGUAAACAUGUUUGUAUAUUAAUGAAAUCGAAACAAAAUCCAAAUGAUUUUCGAUGUAAACUUUAUUUAUUUUAUGUUAUGUAUUGAAUGUUUUAAUUUAAGUAAACAAAGCUGUGUGUUGUAGUUAAUGGGAGUGAUUUGUAUAAAAGUGAUUGAUAUUUAAGAGUGUCGUGUAAAGAUUGGAAUUAGACAAUACUGAUAUGUUAGUAGAGAAUGAAGUAAGGGAUUAUUUGUAAGCAGUAAUUAGGCCGAUUGGUUUGAUAUGGCAGCAUGUGCUUCUCUACCAAAGAAUCAGGAGAAAUGUAGAAUCGCUCAGCUUCAUACACAGAUUUAGCAAUCGAUACGUAGUUAAGUAAAGGACGCACAAUGACAGGGGUACUGUUGGUCAAUAUGUUUUUAUAUUCAGUGUCCUAAAAUGGCGCGAUAGUAAUAAGUAUGCGAACUUUAGUUGUGAAUGCGUGACAUUCUCAACAAAUAGCUUUAACAGUACUUAGCAUUUACUUGGCACAGUCAAAGUAAGUUUUUGGAACUGAAACAAUGUUCAUAUCUUUUAUAUCAGAAGUUUCUUAGGCCAAAUUCAUAUCUAUUAAUGUUUACCCCUCUACUCGUAACUUCGCCCUGUAAUCAUUUUAGUUUGAAAAGUUUCACACAAAUUCGAAACAAAUUGGGCGAAACUACGUGACGAAAAUCGUAAACAUUAAUAAAUAUAAUAUGUUCAUAUCAUAAAUGCUGAGUGCAAAAAAGUAAAAGUUAUUUUUGAAUACGCUCGAAUCAUAUCGAUUGAUAAAUCAAGACAAACCAUAUUAUGACGAUAUGUGCUUCAAAGCAAUCAUUAGUUAUAAAUGAAACUAUAAUGUUUUCUAAUCAACCACAGCCUAAUAAAUUGACUUUAUCGAUAAUAUCGAUGUUCAACACAAAUAAUGACUUAACGACUUAGAAAAAGUCAUGUGAUUAAAAUGCAUAAAAACUGUGUUCAUUAUGACUUUGCAAUCAUUAUGGAUUACAAAAACUGACGGCUUUUUGCUAUGGACGUUUCCCAAAUGAGGUUCUGACUAGUAUGCAUUAAACAUUAUCGUAUUACACCUUGACAAUGCGACUAUUAAAAUGAUCGAUUCAACUCCCGACUGUGCGGAAAUCAAUAAAUUAUAAUUACACAUUGUUGUCUAAGCUAAGAUGUCGGCAGCACAUAUUGUAUCUGUCUUUGCUAAUGUACGAUAAUUUAUUUGUAUAGUUAUGUUUUCUACUAUGAUAGUUUAUCAUAAAUCGUGCAGCUGUUUCAUAGAUAUAGGUCACUAAGUACGCUUAACUUGAGCUAAUUUAUUUAUUAGUAAUUAUUUGAUAAUGAGUACAAUUUUGUUUUAAAGUCUUUACAAAUGUAAUGAAUACUGUAUAUAAAGUGCUGUAUCAUUUAUAUUUAUUUGUUUUAUGUAGAAAAUUAUGUUAGUCUUGUUUAAUAUUUUUCUUCAGUGUUUUAUGUAUUUUUAUUUGUAUAGAAUAAAAAAUUUGGACUGUUUCAGCGAUGAUGUAAUAUCUAGGAAAAAUAAAAAACUUUUCGUAAAUAUGGUUAGUUUUGGCUUAGUUCGAAACAUCUGUUAAUUAAUCGAAAGUAAUAUUAACAUCUUCUUUUAUUAAAAGUCCAGACGAAUCUGAUAUGUUUAAUGAAAACUAGCUUCAAUUGAAAUGUGCACAUUUUAAUUGACUUUGACUCAAGUAAAUUGUUUCGAAUUGAUCUAAUGACGAAAUAAAAUGUUCUGUGGGUUCAAACUAGUGCAAUGUAAAGUUUGUGAAGGAUGUUUGAUGUUUCCUAAUGAUCUAUUCUAUAGUAACUGUAUACACUACAUUCGCUACGCCAAAGUCAUCAAGUCAAUUACGUUGACUACACUAUUUCGAGGCUGUACAACUUAAUGGUAGCUAUCUUAAUAUUUAUAUGUGAACCUGUAGUAUAGUUUAUACCUAGAUACUAGUUGGUGUAAAAUUUGCUAUUUUCCAUCCAUUUCAUCUUUUUUCCAUUAGAUACUGUGUUCUUACAAUGGCGUUGUAACAUUUUAUCGUUAAUGGGGUAGACGACUAAUUUUUAUUUUAAUGUCCGUCUGGUAGAUUAUUUAAAAACAUUAGACACGUAUUUU